AUGGCAUUCGGCCUCCUCCUCCUUCGCAGCGCGCCAAUGGUGCUGUCAGCUGCCGCCGUGCAGUUCGACUACAGCCAAUACCUCUUCCUGCGUCCGUUCCUUGACCUGACAGCUGACCUCGAACAAAAGAACGGGGUUGCUCCCCCGGAAAGCCGCUCCCAGGUCAACACCGUGCUCGGCCACUUCAUCCACCGCCAGUUCCCGGCCGGCUUAAGCGCCAUUCUCACGCUCUAUCCGCUGACUUGGGUCGUCGCUGGUGCGAACCUGGCUCUCGGCCACCCGGCAAGUCGCCUCGCGGCGCUUCUCGGACUGGAUGACGACGGCGGCCUCGGCAUCGCCCCGGCCGCCCGCCACCUCUACAUUGCCGGGCUCGUCUGCAGUGUCGGACACAUGCUGUUUGGCCCGCGGGCACUGGAUCUGAUGCAGACAAUUGGCGCUCUGGGCGGCAAGGCGGGAAAGGACACGGGAACCCCCGAGAAGAAGCACGACAACUUGCAUCUUCUUCAGACAUGGCUGCAGCUGCAUUUGACCCGCACAUUCUUGGCCGACGUGCCUGGCUGGCUGUGCUUUACGGGGGCGUUUCUACUCAGCGUGGCGCGGUCGGGGUGA